UGUCCAAUACCCCGUAACAGAAAACUGGGCCUGUCCCUAUACAUAUGAGUUGGUGGGCCCAAGGCCUCCGUCCAACAGCCUGGUAGCACCGAAACGCCAACACAUCCAUCUCGUAACGGAAUCUGAAAUUUCCGUCGUCGAAGAAUGAAGACGAAGAAGCAAGACACGGCGAAGCUGAUCACCGCCGAGGAUUUCGAAUUCGUCAUCGACAAAGAAAGUGCGACGGUUUCACAUAACAUUCACAACAAUUUUACCUCUCCAGGUUUCUACUUUCCGAUUAGGGUUUUAGGAUUAGCAUUGUUGAGGCAUAUUAUGAUGGAAGAUGAUUCAUAAAGCAACCAAAACCAAUCGAGAAUACUUUGAUUCCGAGUGAAAUGCGGCAUUGGAAACAAUUGGGAGAGGUGCUGGUGGCAGCUUCUAUCACCAACACGCUAUCCCACUCUCACUCUGCAACUAUCAACCUCCCUCCUAACCUCGCUCUCGGACUCACCCAACCCCUCAUUCUAAAAAUCCUCUCAAACCCCGCGCAUCACGCAUCCCACAAGCUUCGAUUCUUCGAGUGGUCUCGCUCCCACCACUGCCCUUCCCCCGCCGCGUACUCCGUCAUCCUCCGCACCCUCUCCCGCGAGGGUUUCUACUCCGACAUCCCCUCCCUCCUCCAUUCCAUGACGCAAGCCGGCGUCGUUCUCGAUCCCCACUCCCUCAACCACCUCCUCCGCUCCUUCAUCAUCUCCUCCAACUUCAAUUUAGCUCUCCAAUUACUAGAUUACGUACAACACCUUCACCUCGACCCUAGCCCAAUUUACAACUCUCUCCUCGUUGCUCUGCUUGAAAAAAACCAACUCACUCUCGCGUUAUCCAUCUUCUUCAAGCUCCUUGGUGCUGUUGAUUCGAAAUCCAUCACCGCGUGCAACCAGUUGUUGGUUGCUCUUAGAAAAGCAGACAUGAGGGUGGAGUUUGAGCAAGUGUUCCAGAGGUUGAGGGAGAAGAGAGGGUUCUCAUUUGACACAUGGGGCUACAAUGUGUGUAUCCACGCCUUUGGUUGUUGGGGUGAUUUGGCUACUUGCUUUGCACUUUUUAAGGAGAUGAAGGGUGGUAAUAAGGGGUUCGUUGCUCCUGAUUUGUGCACCUACAACAGCCUCAUCACCGCACUUUGCAGGCUUGGCAAGGUGGAUGAUGCGAUCACUGUGUACGAGGAGCUCAAUGGCUCAGCCCACCAACCCGAUCGCUUCACUUACACCAACCUUAUUCAAGCCUGUUCCAAGACUUACAGAAUGGAGGAUGCCAUCAGGAUUUUUAACCAGAUGCAGAGCAAUGGAUUCCGCCCGGAUACACUUGCUUAUAACUCUCUGCUGGAUGGACAUUUUAAGGCCACAAAGGUUAUGGAAGCCUGCCAGCUGUUUGAGAAAAUGGUUCAAGAAGGUGUGAGACCGUCAUGCUGGACUUAUAAUAUUCUCAUUCAUGGAUUGUUUAGGAAUGGCAGGGCGGAAGCUGCUUAUACUAUGUUUUGUGACCUCAAGAAGAAAGGCCAAUUUGUGGAUGGGAUUACUUACAGCAUCGUUGUGUUGCAGCUUUGUAAGGAGGGCCAACUGGAGGAGGCGCUGCAGUUGGUGGAAGAAAUGGAAAGCAGAGGUUUUGUUGUUGAUCUUGUCACCAUAACAUCGCUCCUGAUUAGCAUUCAUAGACACGGUCGCUGGGAUUGGACAGACCGGCUUAUGAAGCAUAUCAGGGAAGGUGAUCUGGCACUUUCCGUUCUCAAGUGGAAAGCUGGAAUGGAAGCUUCUAUGAAGAACCCGCCCGGCAAGAAAAAGGAUUACUCGCCCUUGUUCCCUUCCAAAGGAGAUUUUAUUGACAUCAUCAACUUCAUGACCUGUGCCCAGGAUACCACCAACAUUAAUGACGGGGAGGAAAAUUCCUGCAAUGAAAUUGACGAGUGGUCAUCAUCACCGCACAUGGAUAAAUUGGCCAAUCAAGUGAGCUCCACUGGCUAUUCUUCCCAGAUGUUUACUCCUUCUCGUGGACAAAGAGUUCAAGAAAAAGGGCCGGAUUCUUUUGAUGUUGAUAUGGUGAAUACUUUCUUGUCUAUAUUUUUGGCCAAGGGAAAGUUGAGCUUGGCUUGCAAAUUGUUUGAGAUUUUCAGUGAUGCAGGUGUGGAUCCUGUGAGCUAUACUUAUAAUUCUAUCAUGAGCUCUUUUGUCAAAAAGGGCUAUUUCGCUGAAGCUUGGGCUAUUCUAACUGAAAUGGGAGAAAAAUUUUGCCCCACUGAUAUAGCCACAUACAAUAUGAUAAUUCAAGGUUUAGGAAAGAUGGGAAGAGCUGAUCUAGCCAGUGCUGUUCUUGAUAGGCUACUGAGGCAGGGUGGUUAUCUUGACAUAGUUAUGUAUAACACUCUCAUUAAUGCUUUGGGGAAGGCAAGCCGAAUUGAUGAGGUGAAUAAGCUUUUUGAGCAAAUGAGGAGCAGUGGGAUAAAUCCUGAUGUUGUCACUUAUAAUACAUUGAUUGAAGUUCACAGUAAGGCAGGGCGAUUGAAGGAUGCUUAUAAGUUCUUAAAAAUGAUGCUGGAUGCUGGAUGCAGCCCUAACCAUGUUACAGACACCACUUUAGAUUAUCUAGGGAGGGAAAUUGAUAAAUUGAGGUACCAAAGGGCAUCGAUUUUGAGUGAAAAAGAUGAUCCUUCUUGAGAAGUCAAAGUUGCAUGUAACUCAAGUGCUGGCCUGCUGGGGAUGGGAUGAAAUUCUAGCAGACUAUGAAAUUGGAAUUUGUAAUUCAGUUUUUGCAUUGUCUGAAUUGUGUUUGUGGUCUUCUCAAUUCUCAUGUUCCUGUGAUCUCAGGCAGUGUACUUCAUGAUCAAUUUUGCAGUGUUGUCUCUGCUUCUUAGCUGGUAAAUGUCUAGUCAACGUUAUGUAUCUUCUACUAUCUUCUGGUUUUAAACCCAUGUAACCAAAAUUUUAUAUCCUUCAAACAGCCUCAUUCUGAUUCGUGGUUUAAACAUUUUACACGCUUUAUACUUUAAAUUAUUAA